UGAUGAAACUAACAAAAAAUAUGCAAGCCCACUGGCCUAACCGUGAUAAGUAAUGGACUUGAUUGAAGGUAUAACAAGGCGUUGGCAAAAUGUCAAAUAGUGACGAGAAUAGACAGACAUAUAAAAGAGAAUCGAUGCCUUUGAUUAGUUGGAUUGUUAAAAAAACACCUACAAUGAUGCAUAGAUCAAUGAUUGCUAUGCCAUCUCGAAGUAGGCAGCUUAUGUUUACUGGACUUAGAUCCUCUCCUGGUUAUGCUCAACAAAGUUCUUCGAUAACAUCAUUGAACCUGAAUAUGAAACCAUUACCAAAGCAACCAGUUCCAGAGUUGAAAAAAACUAUGGAGCGAUAUUUAAAAUCACUGAAGCCCUUAUUGACUGAAAGUGAAUAUCGUAAUUCUGAGAAGCUGGCAAAUGAUUUCAUCAAGGAUGACGGUCCAGGAAUAAUGCUACACAAAAAACUUCUUGAAAGAUUUGAAAAAACAGAAAAUUGGAUGAGUGAAUGGUGGCUCCAAAAAGCAUACUUAGGGUACCGUGCACCAGUUAUUGUUAAUUCAAGUCCAGGAACUGUUGGACCACCACAGGAAUUUUCUUCUCAAAGGGAAAUGCAAGUCUUUGCUGCACGUGUAAUCAGAGCAAUCUGUGAAUAUGAUAGAAUGGUGAAAAGUCAAUCUAUGAAACAAGAAGCUGUACGUGAUAUACCAUUAGAUAUGCAGCCAUAUGCAAUGAUACUUGGAACUCAUAGACAACCCAAUGAUGGCUGUGAUAAUCUCUUACAUACGGAUAAUGCUCGACAUGCUAUAAUUCUCAGUAACAAUCAUUUUUUCAAGCUGGAUCUUUACGACAACGUCGGAGAACCGAUUCAUGAGAGAAAGUUAGCUGCUGCUAUUAAGGAUAUUUUGGAUCGGUCAUGUACCCCGGCAAAACCCGUUGGUGUUUUAACUGGAAACUGUCGUGAUACGUGGGUACAAGAUUAUUCCUUGCUUAAAGACCUUGGACAAAACCAUACCAUUUUUAAUGUUAUUGAGAAUUCAUUGUUUAUUUUGUGCCUGGAUAAACCUGUUGCCAAAGAGUGUUUCAAAGAAAAGAAUAAUGCUUCUGUAAGAGCUGUUCAGAGUAUGACUGGUUUGAGCAUGUCAACAAAUUCAGGCAAUCGAUGGCAUGACAAAACUGUUCAGUAUAUUGUAUCCAGUGAUGGAUUUGUGGGAAUGGAGUAUGAACACAGUCCCUGCGAAGGAGUUCCUAUAGCUGUGCUUCAUGAUCACGUUUUACGAUACAUAGACAGCAAGGGAAACUGCCUGAUAUCGGAUGACUCCAAGGACUUCUCGAGAGCUGAGCUUUUAAAAUUUGAACUGAACGAUAAUUUAGAAGUAGCAAUGGAGAAAGCCGCACGCAGAGUUGAAGGAAUUUCACAAGAUAUUGACAUGGAGUGUUUCACGUUCAUGGACUUUGGCGCAGACACCAUUAAAAAAUUAAAACUCAGUCCCGAUAGUUUUAUUCAAAUAGCCAUGCAAGUUGCAUUCUACAGGACUCACAAACGACCACCAGCACAUUACGAAUCGGCUGCAUUACGUCGUUUCAAAAAUGCCAGAACCGAAUGUAUCCGUUCGACAAGUGUAGAAUCCGUAGAUUUCGCUAAAGUUAUGACAUCAAGUAAUGCAAAUAUUAAUAAACUGAAGGAAGCUAUGCUGUGCGCAAUUAACGCUCACAAGAAUUUGGCUGGCCAGGCUGCAACGGGCGAGGGUGUGGACCGUUUGUUGUUUGGCAUGAAAAUGAUAGCAGAGACUGAGAAACUUGAAAUUCCCGAAUUAUACAGAGAUCGUGGCUAUACAAGAAGUACCUAUUUUGAUUUGACUUCAAGUCAGGUACCGUAUAAGACGGCUUCGUUCAUGUGCUAUGGUCCUGUGGUACCAGACGGUUAUGGUUGUUGUUACAACCCCAGACCAAAUGACAUUCUUAUAGCAUGUUCGUCAUUCCGUUCAAGCUCAGAAACCUGUACCAAAAGUUUUGCUAAUGAGCUUCAAAAAGCUUUAAGAGAUAUGAAGAAGAUUGCCGAAUCAUAAAAUCAGAAUCAAAGAAUUUAUCGAUGUUAUAACUUUUUGUAUUUUUAUGGGGUUGUUGAUAUGUUUUUGUAUAAUCAUAUGUAUUUUAUUUCCUUAAAAAUACAUACCGCACACAAGAA